AUGGCGUGCCAGGAAAAGGAAUCUUUCGAUCCCAGGGAAUCAAAGACGGCUCGUGCGUGGCUAGGCGAGCCGCAGUGGCCAGUUUUGCAGCGCUCGAUCUCGGCGAACAAAUCCCGGGACGAAAUCGCGGCAGCCAUCCGGCACUGUGGAGACAGCAAUGAUGUGUUCGCCGGCAGGAAAAUCCACGCCCAGAUCCACCUCUCCCGACAGCACCGGGAGGAUCUCUUCCUCGCCAAUCUCCUCGUCCAGAUGUACGGCAGGUGGGGCGACACCCGUACGGCACUCGAGACCUUUCGCGCCAUCCCCGACAAGAACCUCUUCUCGUAUACCAUCAUGAUGACUGCCUACCUGGACAGCACCGACAUCGCGGGCUGUAAGCGAAUAUUCGAUGGCAUGCCCCUGCACGAUCUAGUGUCCUGGAACGCCAUGGUUACUGCAUAUGCCCAAAACGGGUAUAUUCUAGAGUCUCGGCAAAUGCUUUUUUUUAUGCCGGAAUGGGACGUCUCUUCGUGGAAUUCUCUGCUAUCGGGGACGGCACAAAACGGGAAUAUACGUGAGGUACAAGAGGUUUACGGUAUGAUGCCGUACCGUGACGUUGUGACGGAGAGUACGCUCUUGGCAGCAUAUGCCCAUAAAGGGUAUUUGGAGUUGGCGGAGGAACUUUUUGAGAGUAUGACGGUCCGGAACAUGGUGUCGUAUACGUCCAUGGUUGCUGCGUACGGGAAAAGUGGGAUGAUUCAGAGAGCGAAAUCUAUGUUUGAUGUGAUGCCAGAGAGGAAUCUCGUUUCGUGGACUGUGAUGAUUUGUGUGUUUGCGGAGAAUGGGCUCCCAGAGCAAGCAAAGCGCACAUAUGAUCUAAUGCCGUGCCAAGAUUGUGUUGCUUUGGUUGCGGUGCUGGAUUCUUAUGCGCAGAUCGGAGACACAGUUCGUGCCAAAGAGCUGUUUGAUUCAAUGCCCAAGAAGAGCUUGAUCGCGUCAAAUGCAUUGAUGAAAGCACACGCUCUAGCUGGGGACCUGGAUGGAGCGAAAAGUUGUCUGGAGCAGAUGCCCGAAUGGAGUGAAUCUUCCUUUAACUUUUUCAUUGAGUUGUAUGGAAGGCAUGGGUUUGUUCUUGAGGCUAAAUCCAUGUUUGAUAUCAUGCCCUUAAAGAGCGUCAUAUCAUGGACAAACAUGACAGUUGCAUUUGCCUCGAAUGGACGUGUAGAAACCGCUUUUAAGCUCUUUGAUGGGAUGUUUGAGAAAAACAAAGUGAUAUGGAACACAAUCCUCCAUGGAUUUGCGCUUAAUAACCACAGGACAGAGAGUCUUGAGUUGUUUGUUAAAAUGGUGAUUGAGGGAUUUGAUCCAGAUGAAAUAUCUUUCAACAGUGUUCUUAGUGCUUGCAAUCACACUGGGAAUACUAAAUUGGGUUUGGAUUACUUGAUCUCAAUGGAAGUGGACUUUGGAUUGAAAGUAAUGUUAGAGCAUUUUCAUUGUGUCAUGGACCUAUUAGGGAGGGUAGGCAGGCUUGAUGAAAUUGAACAAUUGUUCAAUUGUAUGCCAUCUGCACCAAAUAGUAUCACAUGGACUAUUUUCUUAGCAUCUUAUCAUUAGUCUUACCUCAGAAAAUUAAAAUAAAGAUGUUAUUACUUUUGAGUCUAUUUUAAAUUUAAUAAAAUACAAGGGUAAAUUGUAGUA